CUGUCAGGCUGUCAGCUCUCAGCCUGAGGCAAAUCUGUGAAGCUUGGCCCCCCCAUGUUGCAUCCAGGAUGGAGGACGCUGAGGUGGAGGGACAUCCGGUUCAUUCUCUGGCAAUCAGCACAGCCAGACCCACUAAGCAUCUCUCUCCCUCCCCUUCUUUCCAGCGCUGUGCCUUUACCUCCUGGACCAGGGAGAAUAUACACAAGAAGGAAUGCUGCUUCUAUGAAAAGGGUGUCAGAGAGGACAUAUGUAAGUGCGGCUACUCAAAAAUCGAACAUAAUGAUGAAGCCAUCAAACCAGAGGACUUCACUGGCGAAUCAUGGCACAAACACAGACAUCUCCAUGAAGUGCCCACAGACGCUUUUGGGGACAUCAGCUUUGGUGGUUUGGGACAAAAGACGGGCAAGGUGAAACUAUCCUAUCUUUCCACUUUAAUAAACUUACAUGCUUGCCUGUUUGUCUUCAUUCUCGCCUUUUUGUCUAUGUUUCAUUCUCAGUAUAUGCGAGUGUCAACAGACACCAACCCAGAAAUCCUGUACCAGUUACUGACUGAACAGUGGAGACUGUCCCCUCCCAACCUGCUGAUCUCAGUGACCGGGGGGGCUAAAAACUUCUACCUGAAGGCUCGUCUUAACAACAUGUUCAACAGAGGUCUUAUCAAAGUGGCCCAGACAACAGGAGCAUGGAUCAUCACCGGUGGUACGCACACAGGUGUGAUGAAGCAUGUAGGGAAGGCUGUGAGGGACUACGCCCUCAGCAGCUCCACGCAGGGCCAGAUUGUGGCUAUCGGAGUGGCAACGUGGGGAACCAUUCACAACAGGGACGCUUUGGUGCAUCCAGAGGGUUGUUUCCCAGCCCAUUAUGAGCUGGACAUCAAGGGCCAGGGUCGACUCUCCUGCCUCGAUAACAACCACACCCACUUCCUGCUGGUGGACGAUGGGACCCAGGGAAAUUAUGGAGUGGAGAUUGAGCUGCGUAGCUGUCUGGAGAAAUGCAUCUCCGGGAAACGUCUUGGAAACAAAGAAAGUGGCGUGACAAUCCCGGUAGUGUGUGUGGUUUUGGAUGGAGGAACAGGCACUCUAAACACCAUCUAUAAUGCCAUGCUGAAUGGUACACCAUGUGUGAUCCUGGAGGGCUCGGGGAGAAUAGCCGAUGUGAUCGCCCAGGUGGCAGCUCUGUCAGUGACCCGGGUCACCAUCGCCCUCAUCCACCAGUUAAUGAAAAAGUUCUUUGGCCAAGAGUAUGAUAAGUUCCCCGACCUCAGGAUCAUAGAAUGGACCAAGAAGAUUCAGGACAUCAUCAGGAUGCCUCACUUGCUAACCAUAUUCAGAAUUAGUGAGGACAAUCACGGGGAUGUGGACGUGGCUAUUCUUCAAGCGCUACUUAAAGCCUCGAGGGCCAGUGAGUCGCUUGGCACCGAGUCCUGGAAGAGGCAGCUGGAGCUGGCUAUAGCCUGGAACCGAGUGGACAUAGCUGAGACUGAGAUCUUCACUGAGGAGAGGCAGUGGAAGUCCAGUGACCUCCACUGGGCCAUGUUCUCGGCCCUGGUUGGCAACAAGCCUGAGUUUGUGAGUCUACUGCUGGAGAACGGCGUGAGUCUGAGGGACUUCCUGCUGGACGAGGAGACCCUGUGUGAGCUUUACAAACAGCUGCCAUCCUGCAUGUUCCUCCGCAAGCUGGCCAAGCGGGUCCACAACGCUCACAGGAAGAAGGCGUUCGGCAUGAGGCAUCGGGUUCGAUCGGGACAAGGAGAAAUGGUCUCCUUGACUCAUGUGUCUGAUGAGGUGCGCCGCCUGCUGGGCAGCUUCACCCAGGCCCUCUACCUUCCCUCCAACAUGACGUACCACUUCAACAUGUGUCUGGAAGAUACGUCAGCAUCACUGUCUAAAAACUCGACAUCUUCUCAAGCUCCGCUAAAGGAGGACAGUCCUGACGCGCAGAGGGACCCGGGCAGAGACAUUUUCCUGUGGGCUGUCGUCCAGAACAACAGGGAGCUGGCUGAGAUCGCCUGGGAGCAGUGUACAGACUGCAUGUCGGCUGCGCUGGCCGCCAGUAAGAUCCUGAAGACGAUGUCAGCUGAAGGAAUGGAUGCGGACGAGGCAGAGGACAUGAAGAAGCUCGCCAAUCACUAUGAGAAACACGCCAUUGGUGUGUUCAAUGAGUGCCACAACUGGGACGAAGAGCGGGCUCAGAAGCUGUUGUUUCGUGCGUCUCCGUCUUGGGGAAGGACGACGUGCCUCAGGCUGGCUCUGGAGGCGGACGAUAAAAGCUUUGUAGCUCAGUCUGGAGUUCAGGCCUUCCUGACACAGAUCUGGUGCGGUGAGCUUUCAGUGGACAACCCGGUGUGGAGGGUGCUCCUCUGCAUGGUCUUCUUCCCUCUGAUCUACACCGGCUUCCUGGUUUACAGACGCGAUGAAGUAAUUCAGAGAGAAGCUGAGAUGAACGAAGAAAUCAAGACAGUGGAGAGUGUAACGGGAAGUGUACUUCGAACAAGCACUCGCAGUCUCGACUCCUCCGGCCUGCAGCGGCAGAAGCCUCUGGGCAGAUGGUCCAGGCUGCUCCACCUGUACAGCUCUGCGCAGGCCAAGUUCUACUUGAAUAUCGUGUCUUACUUUGCCUUCCUCUUCCUCUUUGCUGUGGUGCUGAUGAUCGACUUCCAGGCUACGCCCUCUAGUGGGGAGGUGCUGCUUUACAUCUGGCUGCUCUCGCUGGUGUGUGAGGAGGUCAGACAGGUGAGAGAGAGCUGGGACAUGUUUUACCUAUGUAUGCCUUAUUCUAAUAAAUUAUUAUAUUACUCACUACAUUACUGA